UGAGUAUAGAUCAUAUAUGAUGAACAAAGCAGCUCUGACAGUUCUCCAUAUAUACUCUCUCAUUGCAAUCGUCAUUUCCAACUAUCUCGCUUGCUGGAGCUUUACAUCUCUCAUUUUUCUUCUGCCCCUUCUUUCCUCUCUUCCAUCUCUUCAUCAUCUGGAGCAAAACAUAAAUCACAAUGACGACCACACUGACGCGCUCGACGACGACAUCGCAGACAGACCUUGACGCUGUGAAAGAAAAAGACGACCAUCAUGAUUCCAUCGAUCUGGAAAAGGCCCCAUCGUCCGCUGCGUCUUCAACCCACAGUCCACUGCCAUCUCGCAAAUAUCAUGGCCUGUCCUGGUUCGCUGUCUGCGCUGCCGUCUACUCAUCCGCGUUCCUCUACGGCCUCGACACUACCAUCGUCGCCGACAUCCAGUCCUUUGCCGUCGAAGACUUUGGAGAUGUCGAAAAGCUCGGAUGGCUUGGAAUUGGAUUCGCAUUGGGCAGCGUAGCAACAAUUCUGAGCUUUGGAAAAGCAUAUGGGGUCUUUGAUGUAAAAUGGCUCUUCAUCGCCUCUCUCGUCAUGUUCGAAGCAGGCUCUGCACUAUGUGGAGGGGCACCAAGCAUGAAUGCACUCAUCGUCGGUCGCGUGUGGGCCGGCGCAGGUGGUGCAGGCAUGUAUCUAGGCGCUCUUAACAUUGUGGCGAUAAACACCAGCAACAAGGAACGGCCGUUAUACACAAGCUUGAUCGGCCUCUUCUGGGGGGCUGGAUGUAUUCUAGGGCCUGUAAUUGGCGGUGCUUUUGCGGACUCGGCUGCGACGUGGCGUUGGGCAUUCUACAUUAAUCUCAUCCUAUUCGCGCUUGUGAGCCCUGUUCUGGUCUUUGUACUGGAAUCUUACCUCCCCCAGCCAGACAAGACUCUUAGCCAACGCCUCCGCAACAUGGACUGGCUUGGGGUAAUCCUCAACGCCGCAGUCUACGUGCUCUACACCAUGCCACUCACGCUGGGCGGUACAACAUGGUCCUGGACAGAAGGCCGGCAAAUUACGCUAUACGUCGUCUUCUUCGCCGCACUCAUCCUCUUCGCUGUAACCCAGAAAUACUCCAUCUUCACAACCCCUGAGAACCGACUUUUUUCUGUCGACUUCCUCAAGGAUCGGACCAUGGUGUUACUGUACAUCGCCACCUCCUGUGUCGCAAGUACGAUGUUCAUAGUCAUCUAUUAUAUCCCCCUAUACUUCUCCUUCGUCUUCGGCUUCUCUGGCGUCCAAUCCGCGGUCGCAUUGCUCCCCUUCAUCGUCGUCGCAAUCACCAGCAUCAUGCUCAACGGCGCCCUCAUGCCUCGCUUCGGAUACUACCAGCCGUGGUACAUCGCCUCCUUCUUCUUCAUGACAAUCGGCGGCGCGCUCACAUACGCCCUCGUCGACGUACACACGUCCAAGUCCACAAUCUACGGCUUCUCCGUCCUCAUGGCCCUCGGUGCCGGUCUCGCGCAACAAGCAGCUUACAGCGUCGCUGCAAGCAAAGUCGAACUGCACCGCGUGCCUGAUGCCAUCGGCUUCAUCAACACGAGCCAGAUCGGUUCCACCGUCAUUGCACUGACGAUUACAAGCGCGAUGUUCUAAAAUAUCGGAUAUGCGCACGUCAAGGCAGCGUUAAAGGGGCUAGACUUUUCACCAGCGGAAAUCAGGGCAGCGUUAACGGGCACGAAGAGUACUGUGUUUCAGACUGUGGGUGAAGAUGUGCGACAAGCGGUGAUUGAGGCAAUUGUGAAGGCCAUUAGCAAUGCGUAUGUGUUGGUAAUUGUGGCGGGGGCUCUGGGGCUCGUGGCGAGCUUGCUGAUGAGGAGAGAGAAGCUCUUUAUGGAGAUCGUGGCUGGGGGUUAGUGGAGUGCAGAAUGAGCGGUGUACGGAAUUGGCACAUAAGAGUUUGGCAGGCUGUGGAAGGCGUCGCCUAACUGACAUCCUAUCAAUGUGCGCAUGGUGGAUUUGAUUAUAGACAUAAUACCUGUCAGAAGUGGGACGGAUUUGGUCAUUUGGAUAGAAAGUGUGUACACAUGAUUGUAUAAUCAGAUACUAUAAU